AUGCUCCGCGUGCACGUAUGCCGUGGUGUCUGGGCGCUGCACGUAUGCCGUGGUGUCUGGGCGCUGCACAUCCCUCCCCGUCGCUCCCUUUCUUUCCACUACCAUCCCCCGUCUCACCUCACGUCCCCAUUUUUCCUUUCCACCCUCGUCUCCUCUCGUCAACCCAUCUCCUCCCGUCAACCCAUCUCCUCCCAUCCCACACCCCUCUUUCUAAAAGACGCUGAGAGGGCCCCAUGGUGGAGCAAGCUAGUGGGUGUGGAGCGGUGGAGAGCGGUGCUGCACGAUGCGUCCUUCAUUCUCUGUCCGCAGCGUGCCAUGGGGCGAUGCUGUGGCUGCCUGUACCUGCAGGAGAACCAGGUCUUAAAGUACUGUCUGCUCCGCCUUGACUCGGCAAUCUUCAACGCGCCGCCUGCCGAACCUCUUGCCGACCCUGUCACCGAGCCUGCCGCCCUGCCGUUCACAGCCACGGGCAAGCUCACCUACUCGCACGGCAUGCACCUCAAAUACGCCUGCGGCGGCAGCAGCGGAAGCGGCAGUGGCAGUGACGGGGGGACCGGGGGAAUGCUUUCCAAAGCUGAGGGCGAUGGCGCAGGUGCUGCUGCUGCCUAA